AUUCACGGCAAUAUGGAUACAUUCAGACAGCUUUUUACGCUUUUUUUUCCUUUUUUUUUUUUCAGUUCUUUACUACUGAACCUUUUGCCUGCAACCCAUUAAGCUUGCCAAAGUAUCCUCCGAGCAAGGAAAUUGACCUCAAAUUGAGAGAUGAAGAAGCCAGGAGGCAAAGAGGUUUAAGUGGGAAACCACAUGCUGUAGAUGGUGCGAGAAGAGUGAGAGCUCGUGACCGGAUUAGUCGAGCUGUUCCAGCUCCAGAAGCUAAUGCAGAGAAUCAAGCAAAUUUAGAUAGGUGGAGAAUGAUGACAGAAGCAAAUGCUAAGAGCAAAAGCGAAAAAUUUCCACCUCCUCAUCAGGAUGCGGCAGUAGGAUACCCUCUCGAUAACUCCAAUAAUGGCCCUUUAUCGUUUAAUGUGGCUGACAAUUCUUUUAAUUCAUCAAUUUUUGAUCCAAAGUCAUCUCGAUCUCUUAAGAAUACUGCAGCAACUGGUGGACCGUCCAGGAGGAGAAUUAAGAAAGAAGAACCUCAGAUGGUGCCUUCUCGAGGAAUUUUUAAUGCCUUCCUUCCAUCUACAGUUAGGUUAUCAAUGGAUCUAAGGUUCAAGAAGGAAUCAGCUUCAGAGAUUUUUGGUCGCCAAAAGUAGAGUAUGCAUAAGAAAUAAAAAGGUUUUGUGGAUCAAAGUGUUUUUUCUGGCAUUUAAUUUUAUUUUUUUUUCGCUCUUCAUUUUUUUUAUCCAUUUUUUGAGCCUUGCAAUAUUGGAGGCGCUUUUGUAAAUUCUCAAAAGGAACAUCUAAGAAAUUAUGAGUAAAAUUUUCUAUUGAAUUCCCCUCGUUUUUGUACAGUUAAUAGUGCUUCUUGUAAAGUUUCAGAGCUUGGGCCUUCACUUACUUGUAGUUACUUCCUAUGUAAUGAUUCCCCAAAUUCAGAUACACACAUCUUUCUUUGGCUUGGGAAAGUUCUUGUGGGGAUAAAAA